AAGACUGCUUAUUGUCAGCCGAUCUAGGCUUUUAAACAAUUUAAGUAGUAUGCGAUAAGAUUUUCAUGUCAAUUACUAACUAGUUUAUAUAUGUGAAUAUAUGCAAAGAAUUGACAUUGCAGCACAUAAUUAAGAUAACUACUAUAAAUCAAAAUAUGUCAAGAACAAGAUAAUUUCUUGAGUAGUUUAAGAACUAGCAGUUUAUUUAAGCACUUUGAAUAUUAGGUGUUAUCAGUCAUUCCAACUGCGCAGUCCACUGUGUUCUUUGGUCAUACACGCACUAACUCUAUUCUUAUAAAAUAAACAACAAUCUUUAACAAAUAAAUACACUGAAAGCAUUGCAUAAUAAUAUAUUUAUUACAAGAUUCGAUUACGUAGGUAUUUGUAAAUAUUUUGUUGUUUUUAACACGAACUUUACAUCAGCCGACGACUAGGGUUAUCAAUAAUCACCCAGUGGGGUCAAAUUAUCAUCGUACUGUUUACUUGCCAAUAAACUACAGUUCAGUCGCAGUUUCGAUUUACAGCGAGUCGGUAUUCGAUUAUUGAAUUUAAAAUAUUCGCGGAAAAUGCCUGACGCUUUUGAGAUAGCUUAUCCCCUGUCACCAUCGGUGAGUCCGCAAGACAUUCGCGCACGCGCAAACUCGUCUUCGAAGAGUAAACGACCCGUAAUUAAAUUUUUCGCGGGCGAUGAAACUCUAGAGAUACCUGACAAGUCAGUUGCUGGCAUUGAUAAACCAUUGUCCAGAGUAGACCGAAGCGAACUUGAAUUGGAUAGUUUCGCUGAGUCUCUAACCACGAUGCAUAGUGCUUGGUUCGAUAAGAGAGUGCUCGAGCACAGAAUUUUCGUUAACAGAUCGUUGCAUUUAGAAAAUGUUAAAUUUUACGGUUUUGAUAUGGACUAUACAUUGGCCGAAUACAAAUCGCCACAGUACGAAACAUUAGGAUUCAAUUUAACCAAAGAAAGAUUAGUAGUCAAAGGAUAUCCAAGAGAGAUAUUAGAAUUCGAAUAUGACCCUUCGUUUCCAGUGAGAGGUCUCUGGUUUGAUACGUUAUAUGGAAAUUUGCUCAAAGUCGAUGCCUACGGGAAUAUUUUAGUGUGUGUACAUGGAUUUGAAUUUUUAAAACAUUCACAGGUAUACGAAUUAUAUCCGAAUAAAUUCUUGACUUUAGAUGAAUCGAGGGUUUACGUUCUGAACACUUUGUUUAACCUGCCGGAAACCUAUCUGAUUGCGUGCCUCAUAGAUUUCUUCACGAAUUCACCCCAAUAUACGAGAGUUAAGACGGGAGUGAGAUGCGGCGACCUAGCUAUGUCCUUCAAAUCAAUCUUCCAAGAUGUGCGAAAUGCCGUCGACUACGUUCACAUACACGGCGAUCUCAAGAAGAAAACAACGGAAAACUUAGAUUUGUACCUGAAGAAAGACGAAAGACUGCCAAUGUUCUUGUCUAGGAUAAGAGAAAGCGGAGCUAGACUGUUUAUACUAACUAAUAGCGAUUACAAUUUCACUGAUAAAAUCAUGAAUUACCUAUUCGAUUUCCCGCACGGUGCUAAGGUCGGUGAGCCCCACCGGAACUGGAAGACUUAUUUCGACUGGAUCGUAGUGGACGCUAAGAAGCCUCUGUUCUUCGGCGAGGGAACCACUCUAAGGCAGGUCGACACUCGCACCGGCGCUCUGAAGAUGGGACAUCACGUAGGACCACUGCACGAGGGAUCCGUCUAUUCAGGAGGCUCGUGUGACGUAUUCACGGAGCUGAUCAGCGCCAAAGGCAAAGACGUUUUGUACAUCGGCGAUCACAUAUUCGGGGACAUCCUCAAAUCGAAGAAAAUCGGCGGCUGGCGAACCUUCCUCGUUGUGCCCGAAUUGGUUCAGGAGCUCCACGUGUGGACCGACAAGUGCCAGUUGUUCGCGCAGCUGCAGACCCUCGACGUUCAGCUCGGCGAUAUGUACAAAGACUUGGAUUCGAGUACAAAAGAGAAACCGGAUAUAUCCAAGCUCCGCAUGUCGAUACGCGACGUGACGCACAAGAUGGAUCUGGCGUACGGCAUGCUCGGCUCGCUAUUCCGUUCCGGUUCGAGACAAACCUUCUUCUCAUCUCAGGUGGUGAGGUACGCCGAUCUGUACGCGGCUUCGUUCCUCAACUUGAUGUACUAUCCGUUCUGCUACAUGUUCCGUGCGCCCGCCAUGCUGAUGCCGCACGAGUCUACGGUGGCGCACGAACAACGGUUCACCCUCGACACGCCGACCAUUGACCGAUCUAGACAUCCAAGCGCACAACGUAGCUAUGGCGUCGUCACUGUAGCGGAGGACACUUCUGAAGAAAACAGCAUCAUCAACGCACAAGAACCCAUUGAUGCCAAAGCAGCAGGAUCCGUGCCCCACGUACGGCCUGAAACACCCCGACAACUCACGCACACACACGACGACGACUGUUCGGACGACGAAGACGUCACAAAGGCGGCGCAACACAAAUAAAAACCGUACCUACCGUGCUAUUUGAAAUAUUGAAUUCGAACUGAAUAAAGAACACACCGAAUUGUGAAAUGAAAUGUUUGACGUUUGAUUAUUUUGAAAUGUUUUCUUCAUGUAACAGAACGCAAAUGGAUCGCAUUUCAUGAAUGCCUUUAUGUUCAUGUUUUUAUAUUUCUUAUACUAGAAGUAUAAGGUCGUUGUAUGAUUUAUUCAAUUAUUUGAUUUAUUAAAUUUUUUGUCAAUUUAUAUCCAAUCAAUAAAUUGAAAUUGACGAUUCACAAUAGUAAAUGAAAAAGUGUAAUUUUUCCGAAGCUAUAUUUGUUCACAUUGUAUUAUUAUAUUCGGUUAAUAAAAUUAUACGUAUAUUUUCAUUGUGAUACUAAAAAUUGAAUCUAUGCAUGGCAUAUGUUAUACUAGAACGGAAAAUUAUAAAAACGUUUAGAGCAUUUUAAUUCAAGGGCUCAUCGAAGUGUUAAUUUUUUAUUUUGUUUGUUUUAUUUAGUCUAUUUGUGCUUUUAAAUAUGUCGAGAUUUUAUAACGUUGUUUUAUUAUUAUUAUAGUCAGCAUUCCUAGUAAUUUGUGAUGAUCUGUAAAAAGAUUUUAUGAAAGUGUCGUAAAUUUUUAGGAAUAAGUUGCAAUUUUUAUCUUUCAAAAGAGUCGCGCAAAGUUCUCAUAUGUUCUUCAAUAUGUUAAAUUGAUAAUGUUUCUUACUAUGUAAUGUACUGUAUGAGUAGUCAUUUAACUCACUACAGUUAAAAUGUUCGAUAACAACUAACUUUUUCUUCUACGUAUAUCUCGCUAUUAAAAAUUGUUUUAAGAAAACUUCUAUAUUUAUCUCAAUUUAUUAAUUAUUUAUCUUUUGUUUAUAACUUAAUUUCUGUCAAAUUUCAAGAUUUUAAUUAUAAUAUUGUAACCAAUUGGAAUUCUGUAUAUUUAAUUCAAAUUAUCGGUCCUGCUUGUACUUACAUUCUUUUAAACCGAGGAUAAUCGAAAUAUUCGGCGAUACUUAAUCGAUUAACCAUUUUAAUGAGCAUCAAACCAAAAUAGAUUUCAGUUUCGUAGUAAAUAGGUUGUGUGUAUAGACAACACAGGCUGUGUCAAAUCAAAGCGACAUUUAAAAUGCAAUGUUUAACAAUUACAUUUACAUGUACAUAAUUAUGUAAAAAGUUUUCGUGAAAUAUGCAUUUACUAAAACGACAAGUGUUUUGGAUCGCGUAAGUUGACUGAUUUAUUGCUCUUGUUAAUAAUACUUCAACUUAAAUGCACAGCGAUACUAAAAUUUUAUGUAAAACAUACUGUUCAUCAUGCGAGUCUCCUAUUUUAAUUGCGAAUUUGUUGCGGGCUGGAAAAAAGUUAUUUUUAAUAGGCCUUUCUAAUCUUCUUUCUCAGGGAUACGGCUACCUCGAAUCUUUUCCUUUGCACGACUCUCUAAAUGACUGAAGGUUGUGUAUCGAUGCAGAAUAUUAUAAUCGUAGUUAAUUUAUAAGAAAUACGUAUCAAUUAUUUUAUACACAUUGAUAAUAAAGACCAUAGUCAAAAUAAAGUUAGUUAUUUGAAA